GUCGUACAACACUUGUGAUGACAACACUUCUGACAACACUCUGAGACUAGACGUGAAAACAACACAACAUUUCAUUGAAUCGUAUUUUUUAUUAUCAUUUCUUAAAUCCAUUUAUUAUUUAAUAUUUAAUUUAAUUAUAGUUUUGUUUUUGUAAACAAUAUUUUGUAAUCAAUUUUAUUAUAUAAUGAGAUAUAAUGUGUGAACACGUGAUCCCAUUAUCACUCGUCAGCCAUCAAUGGACGCCUCAAGAAGUAUGCAUCGGUUCCAGUCGUCACCACUCAUAUGGUGUCUAACCAUAGCGUUUGUGGUGAUCAUCACAACCAUCACAUCCAUUGUCUCCAACGAUGACCACCGCUCGGACUCGGAUGAGGGGCAGAGAGAGUCCAAUCACUACCACAUAUUUGAGUCCCGAUCGGGUGUUUACGACCGAAAGUACGGCCACUUCUCUGACUCCGAACGCCGGGAGUCGUUGUCUUUGGCGAAACAGAUGUUUCAAUUCGGUUACGACUCGUAUAUGACGUACGCCUUCCCUAUGGAUGAGUUGAACCCAAUCGCGUGCGCCGGACGCGGACCCGAUCUCGACGACCCCUCAAACAUCAACAUCAACGACGUGUUGGGCGACUAUUGUCUCACUUUAAUCGACUGUUUGGACACAUUGGCGGUCAUGAGGAAUGCCUCGGAGUUCAAACGGGCCGUACAGCUGGUCCUCGACAACGUAUCGUUCGAUAAGAACCACACCAUUCAGGUAUUUGAGGCCAACAUACGAGUGUUGGGCGCUCUCCUGUCCGCCCACCUCCUGAUCGUGGACUCGGACCAGCCUUUCGGUGAUCUGAAGCCGCGUUACUAUAAGAAACAACUGUUGGAAUUGGCCCACGAUUUGGCCGCUCGUCUCCUCCAGGCGUUUGAAAGCAAAACAGGUCUUCCGUAUCCGCGGGUGAAUCUGCAGACAGGCGUACCGACCGUUGAGGACUGCAAGUGGUGUGAGUCCCAUACGUGUACGGCCGGCGCCGGAUCUCUUAUACUCGAGUUCGGACUCUUAAGCAGACUAUUAGGCGAUCCCGUCUACGAAAGCGUCGCCCGACGCGCCACUCGAGCUCUCUGGCGCUCCCGAGCCGUACAGACGGGUCUAUUUGGUAAUAUUAUAGACGUGGAAACGGCUGAAUGGGUCGGCAAAAUGAGUGGAGUGGGCGCUGGACUCGAUUCCUUCUACGAGUAUCUGCUGAAGUCGUAUAUAAUGUUUGGCGAACCCGAAGACCACCGAAUGUUUACCGAGAGCUACAAAAAAAUCAAGAAAUACCUUCGGAAAGGGAGAGUGCACUGCAAUCGUGGCUCCGGUAAUCACCCGCUGUAUGUGAACGUGAAUAUGUUUGACGGCACGACGUCCACGAUGUGGAUCGACUCACUGCAGGCCGCGUGGGCUGGCGUUCAAGUGCUGGCCGGCGAUAUAGAAGAGGCCAUAUGUGGUCACGCGCUCUACUAUAACAUAUGGCGCAAGUUUGGUGUACUUCCCGAACGAUUCAAUUGGCAACGAAUCAGUGCCGACGUCUCGUUCUACCCGUUGAGGCCAGAGUUGGCCGAAUCGACGUAUUUGUUAUAUCAGGCGACCAGAAAUCCUUUCUAUCUUCACGUCGGAAGGGAUAUACUCUUCAGUCUUAAUAACUAUACAAGAACUGAGUGCGGCUUUGGAACCAUUCAUAACGUUAUGGAUAAGUCACUCGAAGAUCGUAUGGAAAGCUUCUUCCUAAGCGAAACGUGUAAAUACUUGUAUUUGCUCUUCGAUAGUGAUAAUCCUGUGAACAAAGACUCAUCGAAAUAUCUAUUUUCAACCGAAGGCCACAUAUUCUCUGUGGACAAGAAGUUUAGAACAAACGUAUUGUCGGAAAAUGUGAUGUUCGGCCACCAAGACGUGGAACAAGUGAUGAGUGGGUCUAAAGUGGAAUCGGUUGUCAUCUCUCCUCUCAAAUCACUCAAUACUUCCCAUUCGUAUUGCGAUCGCAUCGACUCCGAGAGAUACUAUUCACUGCCACUCAAAAACGAGUAUUUCCUUCAAGUGAGUCAAGCGCUGGGCAUUGAGGACAGCCCUCCUCUCUAGGGGUCGACC